GUUAAGGGUCUUUCUUCCUGAGAAAGCGUGGCUCAAGGUCUACAUAUGUUACCUAUGUCUUUGCUUUCGGCUGGAAGCAGAUAGAUUAUUAUACCUCUCUUUAUCUCCAAAGCCAGAAAUGUGGCCGGCAGUUACAAUUGGCCAGUCUCAAACCAACGGUUUAUAACCUUUUACUCCCAAAGCAUCCCCAGGUCUCUUUUACUAGGUUUCGGCCUCCUGCGCCAUUUUCCCGAGCUUUCAACUUUUUGCCUUACAAAACCGUCCUGUUUCGUUCCAACUCUUCGCGGGAUAUGCUGCUUCCCGCCAUGGUCUACAUUUCAGAGAAAGGAGUUGUCUGGUCAGUAGCCCCUUCCUGUCUCUUGAUGAUCCUUAUAAUAUUGUAUCUCCCUACACUUUCCCUCUCCAUUGUGCAAACUCUCCUCUCCUCUUCACACCCUCUUCAGGAUCCGGUAAACCAGACGAUGGGCAACACGGCGGAUUUUAUCCGCGAGCUUUUGACUUCCGCGAGGUAUUCUGAUCUCACCCUGACGUGUCGAGGAACACAAUUUAAAGUUCACCGUGCGAUCGUCUGUAUGAGAUCUCCCGUUCUUGCCGCGGCUGUGGAUGGCAGAUUCAAGGAAGCAGCAACAGGAGAAAUUGAUCUUUCUGCCGACGAGCUUGAUGUUGUGGAAGCCAUGGUUCAAUACCUGUAUCACGGGAACUACUGGGACUACCGUUCGUCAAACGCCGACAUCGAAAAUCAGCAAACGGAUACAGAAGAAAAAGAUACACCAGAUCCACAGUCAUUUCUCGGCCUCCCCAGAACUCCCGAUAGCGGUCAAGGAGGCGCACUUCUCUUCAACACAAAGGUCUACAUAAUUGCAGACAAAUACGGCAUCCCGGAAUUGAAGAAACUGGCAACGGUGAAGUGCCAGGAUAUUCUUAGCAAGGAACUGGUUUAUGACAUAUUCACCAAAUCAGCAGAAAUAUUGUGGGAUAAUACCGUCGAGUCCGACAAUCUUCUUCGAGACGAGAUAUUGGAGGUAGCUGUGCGUAAUAUCUCUGGAUUACUCCAGGAUCAUAGCUUUAGGGGUUUUCUAGCGACUCAUAAUGACUUCUGCUUAAAGGCCCUGGAUGUAUUAACUAAAUACCAAAGGCCACUCGUAACGCGCGGACGUGCAAAAUGACAGUCGGACGAACGCAUGGGAUUUAAGGCUUUGUGAUAGUGAAAGCUUUUGGGUCUAUUUAACAUACCGCUAAGAAGCUAGACACCCAUUAAAUAAAGGAAUAUAGACU